AUGCCAGUAGACUCUCUUCAGCAUGCAGUGACCACUGAGUCCAAGCAUAUCAUCGAGUUCAAGACAUGGAUGACCGCAAACGGUGCCUACCUGGAUCCCCACGUUCGAUAUGCCCCUGUGGACACUGGUCAUACAGUCAUCACUAUUGAUGCGCUUGAGCCCGAAACUACCAUCGUGACGUGCCCUUUCUCACUCGUGAUCACACCAAACUUAUCUCGGACUGCUUUGUUGACGUUGCUUCAAAACGAAACAAUUAUCAGCAAUUGGUCUGAGCGUCAAUUAAUUUGUGCCUACAUCUGUUUUCAUUGGAUCCUUGAACCUGAACGAUAUGACGCCCUUGCACACGCGCCCUACUUGAGGACCCUUCCACCCCUGGAACGGUUGCGGACCCCUCUGCAUUUCACUUCUGCCGAGCUUGACGCCCUCAAAGGCACAAACCUAUACGGGGCGACCCUGGACCGCCGGAACGAGUGGGAGAAAGAGUGGUCGCGAUGUCAGACCUCUAUCUCACAAGCGAACAGAAGCUGGGCCGAUUCUUUCACAUGGGACCGCUACCUCACUGCAGCAACAUAUCUGUCCUCUCGGGCCUUCCCUUCAACGCUCCUUGCGCCCGCACCGUCGCUUGUUACCGGGCCAUCUUCGUACCCUGUGCUUCUGCCAGGUGUUGAUGCGCUCAAUCAUGCUCGAGCCCAUCCCAUUUCUUGGGUAGUCAGCUUCACCCCUUCCGAUGGGAAGGAGCACAACCAGAAGAAGGAAGCCGCUCAGGCUUCUUCCGCGCUAUCAUCACGUCUCUCUGCGGUCAACGGCGAAGACGCCUCUAUAUCAUUGGUCAAUCCUGCGCCCAUUCCCGCGUUAUCUGAGCUCUUCAACAAUUACGGCCCGAAGCCCAACUCAGAAUUGAUCUUAGGCUACGGUUUUUCGAUCUGUGAUAAUCCCGAUGAUACGAUCGUGCUGAGAAUCGGUGGCGCAACCGCAGAAGGCAAGAAAUGGGAGGUAGGGAGGGAUGCACGCGGUGUUGAGGGCGUAUGGGACGAGAUCUUACAUGCCGUUCGCGCGGCAGCACAGGCCGAGGGUGAAGAGGGCGAUAUCCCGACCUGGUCUUUGACGCACGAUGCUGCCGCUACUUUGCAAUCAAUGUCGUCUGCACUCCUGUUGCGACUGCCCGGCCCUCCUCAGGCAGAGAUCAGGUCGGACGUCGCGGAGAUGAUAAAGGACUAUGUCACGGGACAGCGCGAAAUCUUGCUUGACCUCGUUAGAUUCGCAGAGGAAAAGGAAGCAGAGGCUAUAAUGGAAGCGAAACGAGAGGGAGUGAAAUUUUUGGAAGGUGUGGACGAAGAGGAGGAAACUCAGGAAUACUGA